GUAAUAACUAUUUAAAUCAGUCUGUCCUGACUCAGCUCAACAGUCUCCAGUCUACCAACUGGUCUCUGUAACUUCAUCUUUGUCUCUGUGGUGUACAGUCUUCAGGUGAUGAUGGGGGUAUUGAAUAAUCUCACUACUCUCCUCCUCCUCUCUCUCCUUCCUGUUGCUCUCUCUCAUGUAGUGAAGAAGUUCAGCGAUGUUCCACAGUGCCAGAAGUUCUUCCUGGAGGGGACAACUCCAAAUCUCCCAGGUAUUUUGUAUGAUGGGAUAGUCAAGAACGAGGGCCGGUACAAGCCGAUUUGCCAGAAGCACAAGAACACCUACAGGUUUGCAACUCUCUACGACACGACCAACAAGAUCCCUGUGUUCUCAGCCUACACCUUCACUGGUUGUAUACCGGGUAGACCAGAUGAACGCUGGAUGAUGGAGCCCCAGCUCGACGGGGUCAACAGCGCUGAAAUGCGGAUACAAGAUGGACGCCGUUACGAACACCAGGCUGAGCAAAAGGACUAUAAAUACUCACAAAAUAAAAGGGUGAACAGAGGUCACCUCUUCCCAAGUUCACAUGCUCAUGACCUUGAAACUCAGGAGUCCACCUUUACCCUGACCAACAUCGUUCCCCAGGACAUCACCUUCAACGAUGGCAGCUGGAAUGAAAUGGAGAGAAAUGUCAGAGGAACUCUUGUGAAGAACUGUAAGGAUGCUAAGGACCAGAUAAAAGCCUAUGUGGUGACUGGAGCAGUUCCCAACAACAACAACAACAAACUGAACCAACGAGUGAACAUCCCGUAUCUCAUGUGGACAGCCUUCUGCUGUGAAAACAAGAAGUACAAGAAGAACAAGAAGUGGAUGGCUGGAGCAUACUGGGGGGAGAACGAGGGGGGGGAGGGGGCAUUGGAUCAACAAACCUUGGGAGCACUCGAAGAGAAGUUGAACAAACAUUACCAAGGUAAAGGAAGUCCUGUCAAGGUGUUCCCAAGAGAUUGUCCAAGAGUUACUAAACCUACCACUUCCUCCUAACCUAGUUGGAAGAAUUUAUUCCGUAGUGAGGAAUCUUUACAAUUCCAUGAGAAAUAGUUCUGGAAGGUUCUUUGGAUGAUCUGGGUACAGAUGCUCUCACCAUAUCAACAAACUAUCAUUACUGUUAGAGUAAUGAUUAUCAGGGUUAAAUUGGUAAUGAGGGUUGUAAUGGUAAUGAGGGUUGUAUUGGUAGUGAGGGUUGUAAUGUAAUGAGGGUUGUAAUGUAAUGAGGGUUGUAAUGGUAAUGAGGGUUAUAAUGGUAGUGAGGGUUGUAAUGGUAAUGAGGGUUAUACUGGUAAUGAGGGUUGUAAUGGUAAUGAGGGUUGUAAUGGUAAUGAGGGUUGUAAUGGUAAUGAGGGUUGUAAUGGUAGUGAGGGUUGUAAUGGUAAUGAGGGUUGUCAUGGUUACAUGUCAACAUAUGUACACUUACAAUUGUAAUACUUUUCUCUUCUAUGUCUAUAUAUAUCUAUAGUCUACUCUCCCCUCUCUAUCCAUCUCUUCUAUGUCUAUAUAUAUCUA